AUGAGGAAUAAUACCUCCCUUACCCUUCGGACGGACGAGAUAUGCGGUACUACCAUCGACGGACAGCGAUUUACCGGCAACGAUCUCCUCCCUCAGCCACCAACCGCACUACUGAAUAAAAUACGCCGCAGUACCAGAGACUCGGGAGCUGCUGAAGGAUCACUCCGACUCUACCCCCCACGAACCCCUGUUGUCACACAGACCCCGAUCCACUUCCUUAAACCCUGA